AUGAAUAGACUGAAGGGUUCAACUCGCAGUGCUCAGCGCCGCCCCACAGCUGCAGCGGCACCCCACCGAGGGUUGGCUUUAGGGGUCUUUCUCGGUUUGGCCCUUUUUUGCCUGUGCGCAUCGUCUCUUCUCACUUCUGCAGUAGCAGCUGAGUAUCCAGGGCAGGAACGGUACGAAAGUCCUGCGGUGACAGUACCGGGAGAGGGAGAAGUGGCCGCGGAUGAUGAGCAAGUUGGAGACUCUGUCGCUCUUCUGGACACUCCGGAAGAUGCGACUGCAAUUUCCAGGGUUAACCGGAAAGGCAAGGCAUUGCCUUUUGCCCUCGCACUAUUGCUGGCGCUAGCUAUCGCUGCGCCUGCGGCUGCUGCUUCGCUUGGCUGGCUGCAUUUGCGGGGGAGAGGCUCAGACAGCGGCAAGGAGGGCCAAGACGAUGAGCAAGACCCAGCAAAGAAAGGCAAAGGCGAGCCCGAGGCGGAGGACUUGACUCUGGAGGGGCAGUCGCAGCGGCUGAAGGAGAUGAUGGGGCUGCUGCCGGUGGCUUCGGGAGUGGCUUCGGCGCUGGAUAUGCCCAUGGCCUCGGUGCUGGUGGCGGAGCUGCGGUCGCUGCUUGUGACCGCCGCGGGCGACCGAGAGGCUGCAGAGGCUGCAGCAGCAAAGGGGGACGCAGCAGGGGCGGCGGACGCGCUGGCAGCGCUGGUGGGGUCCAACAGAAAGGCCCAAUCUGCUGUUGAACACCUCGAGAUGAUGGUGCGCAAGGCCGUGAGAGAGGAAGUCGUUGAAUCCCCCUCCAUUCCCCGGGUCUCUACGCUCGAAGAUGAAUACUUGGCGCAUCUGCAGCCAAUGGUAGAGCCGGACUUCGUGCAUGCCUGGCGCACCUGUUUGUUCCACGCGGCCUCCGGGGCCCGCCGGCUGAUGUUAACGGUCAUGAAUCGGCAGAAGCAGCUGGGAAGUAAGCCCCUCUACUGGUUUUCGGAGAAGACCUCUUCGCUGCAGCACAGCAGCAACUGCCUGCGCUCCGCGCGCCACAGCCUGGCCGCGCGAGCCCAGUUUGCUGCUGCAACCAAGGCGCUCGAGGAUGUGGCUCUUUCGCUGCUGCGCUCUGGCAGCUUAACGGAGUGGUUGGUGGUGGGGGCGGAGUUGGGGGCGCGGCGGCGAGCAGCGGAGUUGCUGGUCAGUGCGGCCCUCAAGACGAUUUCUGCGGGCGAGGGCGGUGCUGCUGCUGCUGCCGCGGCCAAGGAAAGGGGGCAGCUGCUGCAAGCGCAGGCGCAGCUGCAAAGCCUGGGCUCCGCCUUCGCUGCGAUGCAGCGGCAAAUGGAGCUGCUGCAGGAGGCCCCAAACGUCGAGGAGAUGGACGACGCGCGGGAGGCGCUGGACUUGGCCGCGAGACACAUCAGAGAAAAUCUCACAGCCAUUUCAACUGUUAUUGAAAAGUCCCCCUCCGCCUUCACCGUGCUGCACACCGCUGGGCCGCAGGCCGUCAGCGCCGCGAUGAUCACCGUAGACAGCAUCUGCGACAACGCUUCGCAAAUGCUGCAGCAAUUGCAGGAAAAGCAGGAGAUGGCGAGUGCGCAGGCCAUGUCGCUGAAGACCGUACCGUGGAUGCCGCAAAACCAGCUGAAUGCCAUUCUGGAGAGGGCAGAAAGCCUGCUGCGGGACGCCAACAAUGAAAUGCAGCAAAUGCUAGAUGUGCGGGAACGGGCCCGCGGAGUGGCUACUAUAGACGAAGUGCUGAUUGCCGCAACAGAGGCCGAGGCGCUGGCCUACAGGCUGAGCCUGCACUUGUCCAGCACCUCCAUGCUGGAGCAGGAGGCGCAAAUGCUGGUCAUUUUGCACCAGCUGUUGGCAGCAGCAGAUCAGCUGCAGGCCGACGCCCGCGACAUGCUGGACCCCCUUGAGCUGGAAAGCGUUGCGGCCCAACUGGAGAGGCAGCGCGAGCUGCAGCUCGACGCAGAAGCAGAAGGCGCUAUGGCCGCCACCCUCACUGACGGCGCAAUGCUGUCUGGCGUUUUCAUUCGAAGUGCUUUGGAGGCCCACCAGAUCAUGGAUGUGGCGCUGCUGGGCCCUCUCCCCUCUACGGAUUCGACGGAGAGUGCGGACGAUGCGGUGAGGGUCUUAGACGAAGAGGGAGAUGAAGACGUUUUCGAGGACCCUUUCGUGGAUCUGGACCCCGACGAUUCCGACGAGCAAACAGCAGAAGCCGCCGCAGCACCAGCAGCAGCAGCAGCAGCAGCAGCAGCAGCAGCGGCAGCAGCGGCAGCCGCGAAACCACAAGCCGUUAAGGGCGGCCCCGAGGAAAAGCCGAGGCAAACUGUGCCCAAACUCGUGCGCAGCGACGGCAUUGUGGAGUCUGAAAAUCCUGCAACUCCUUUAGCAGCUUUCGGCGACGCUGAUCAAGACGACAACUUCUACCCUGCAGACUACUCUGACGAACAGCAAGCAAAGGUGCCAGUGGCAGCACCACUAGCAGCACCAGACGCACAACCCGGAGCUGCUGCAGCACCAGACGCACAACCCGGAGCUGCUGCAGCACCAGUUGUACUGCCUCCGCCGGAUCCUCUCUUCGUUGUUCCCCAUGUGCAGCAACCGCCUCCAGCUUCUGAGCAACCUGCGGAAAGCUCCCAAACAGCAGCACCAGCAGCCGAACCACAAACAGGAGCGAUCGGAGGCGCGCUGGCUGCAGGACCAACAGAAGCGGCCGGCAAAGCAGAACAAGUUGAACGAAAAGAAGAAAAGGGGGACCUGCCUGAAGCAGCGGCAGCAGGACCGCAGCAGCCGCAGCAGCCGCGGCAGCCGCAAGUUCCAGAGCCGCAGUCAGCUGGGAGCCGGCGUGCAGCGUUCGGUGCUCAAGGGGCCGCAGCAGCAGAAGAGGAAGAAGUGCCAGAAGAGGAAGAAGAUGAGGUACUGGAAGUGCUAGGAGGACGAGGAGAUAGAUGGAUGUUCCCCCAACCGAAAAUCGUGCAAUAUGCGCCACGCGGCAACGCAGAUCCCAUGGAAGAAGAAGAAUUCUUGAAGGAGCUGAUUGGUUCUCCCCAGCAGAGCCCCGAGGCCGCAUCACCAACAGCAGAGCCAGCCGCUGUCCCGCAGCCGCCGCAGGCAACGCAGGCGCAGCAAGGAGCCGGGGCUUUGCAGACCGCAGAGACAGAGCCACCACAGCCAAAAGCCCCAGCAGCACCAGCCCCAGCAGUGCCAGAUUCCUCAGCACGACCAGCAGCACCGGAAGCCGAAGCAGCACCAGCAGCACCAGCAGUGCCACCGGCCCCAGCACUACCACUAGCCCUAGCAGUGCCAAGAGCCCCAGCACCAUCAGCAGCGCCGGAAGCCCCAGCAACACCAGCAGCACCACAAGUGAAGGCGGCCCCAGCACCACCACAAGCCCCGGCAGUGCCAAAAGCCUCAGCAUCGCCAGAAGCCGCAGCACCACCAGCAGAGCCGGAAACCCCAGCAGCAACAGCAACACCAGAGGCCCCAGCAGCGCCAGAUGCCACAGCACUACCAAAGACCUCAGCAGUGCCAAAAACCCCACCACUGCCAAGACCCCGAGUAGCGCCAAGAGUAAAGCAGCUGGAAACAGCAGAUGAAAUUGUGUGGAGAGCGGCAACACCACAACUGCCAAAGAUACCGGAAGAACUGGUUGGUGCAGGAUCAGCAUCGGCAGAGGGAGACUCAGAAGCAGACGAAGCAGCACCACCGCCAGCAGCAGCAUCUCCUGAAGAAGCAGCAGCACUGGACAUAGAAGCAGAACAGUCGGAAGCAGAGUCAGAAGGAACAUCCUCAGGACCAUCUGUAACAGAGGAAACAGAAGAGAGGCCAGAAACACCAGAAACAUCAGGAGCAGAAAGUGCCACCAAAGGAUCAUCAGCACCCGAAGCAGCAGCAUCAUCAGCACCCGAAGCAGCAGCAUCAUCAGCACCCGAAGCAACAGCAUCACCAGCACCCGAAGAAACAGCAUCAUUAGCACCCGAAGCAGGAGCAGCGCCAGAAGCACCAGCGCCACCAUCUGCACCCACUGUCCCUCAAGCACCGCCACUACCGCCAACAGCAGCUGCUCCAAAAGAGCCAGAAAAAACACAGGCAGCAGCGAGUGGCCCCGAAGAACCCCUAGCAGCCCCGUCAGUCACAACGGCCCCAGAAGCAGCAGCAGGGCCAGCAGGGGAGGCCCCAGCAGGCGCACCAGAAGCACCAGAGAGGGUACCGACGACGGCUGCAGCAGCAACACGGGGAGAAGCAGCAGCAGCACCGGAAACAGCCGCUGCACCGCAAAGACCAGGAGGAACAGAAGCUCCCUGGGCAAGCCUCUUUGCAAACUCGAAUACAGAUGCAGAUGAAAGCUCUGAAGGAGAACCCUACGACGACGAUUUUUCUGAUGAGGAUCCCCAGUGA